AUGAAUACGGUUUGCCAGGAAAUGGACGUGCCCUUGAUCAGAUUUGACAAGGAUGACCUUCUAAGGGUACAAACACCACAUGAGGACCCAUUAGUGAUUAGCCUAAUAGUGUCAAACUGCUUGAGCAAAAGGGUUUUGGUGGAUCCGGGCAACAACGCCAAUAUCAUAAACAAGGUGGCGUUCGAGCAAUUGAUAGUAGAACCGAAACAAGUUAAACCCACAGGGAACCCUUUGGUAGGUUUUGACGGCAAGAGAGUGGAACCUAUUAGAAUUGUCGAGCUACCCGUGUACGCUGCACGACGGAACUUAAAGGAGAACUUCGUCAUAGUGGAUGAGCACCUUUCUCAACCUCCUGAUGGGAAGAGAACUAACUCAUCCAUUUAUAGUGAAGAAAGUGACGCAUUGCAAAAGAAGAGUAUAGCUCUCCAAGCUUCUAGCAAAGAAGCAAGUAACAUCAAAGAGUUGGUUAAUCUUUGUCUCAUGACCGAUAAAGAUAAGCUGAAAUACUCAAUUUUCCUCUGUUUCAACGAUGUCCGACUACUUCCCAAAGAAGUGUUGACCGAAAUACUCUCAAGACUUCCGGCCAAAUCUCUGCUCAGAUUCAGGUGCGUUUCUAAGUCUUGGCUCUCUCUCAUAACCAGCCCUAAUUUCAUCGCUAUCCACCUCAAUCAAUCCCACACCAACAACUCUCACCUCCUCAUCAAAUACUAUUCUCUGAACCCCAAGAAAGAGCGCUUUUCGCUCCGAGUGGACGACAAUGACAAGUCCUUCUUCGAACUCAAAUGCCCAUUCAAGACUCGCAACAAUAGCUUCUUCCGAAUGGUGGGUAUUUGCAAUGGGUUGAUUUGCCUCUCCGACGACCAUUUUGGUUACACCUAUACUAUCAUCAUCUGGAACCCUGCGAUUCGCAAGUGUGUGAACCUUCCCAAGCCUCGCGUUUGUUUCCACACCUAUGGACCCUACAUGUUCGCUCUUGGGUUCGGGUUUGAUUCUCGCACCAACGAUUACAAGGUUGUAAGAAUCGCUUACCUUCAGCAUAGAAUGGGGUCGUGGGACACCAGUGCCGGUGUCGAAUCGUUGUUGUUCGGAGGGGGUGAGGGUUACAUUUUUCCUCCUGAGGUGGAGGUCUUCGCGCUGAAAACUGGUUCUUGGAAAACAAUUGAAGCCAAUGUGCCUCCCUAUAACAUGGUUGAGUAUUUCUGGUCUUCGGCUUUUGUCAAUGGGACUAUCCACUGGCUUGUGUAUGGCAAAUGGGAGGGUUCGAACCAGAAUCAUCGAGGAACCAUUAUCGGGUUUGAUGUGGGUGGUGAGGUGUUCUGUGAGCUGAACCUGCCCAAAAAAUUGGCUGAUGAUAAUCCACUGAACUUGGCCAUUGCAGUGUUUGGGGACACACUUUCGGUGUUCCAGUAUGAUAAGCGGGUGAAGAUUGAGCAUUGUUCGGUGUGGGUGAUGAAACAGUAUGGUGUGGUGGAGUCCUGGAGCAAACAAUUCAAUGUUGAUUUGCACGGUGGAGCCUUAGGGGGGGCGCUUGGGUUUAGGAGGAAUGGCAAGAUAUUGCUUGCUAGGAGGAAUGGUAAGGUGAUUUCUUAUGAUCCUGAUAACAGAGGAUCUAAGAGUCUUGGAAUUUGUGGUGGUACAGACUCGAUUUAUGUGGGUACUUAUGCAGAGAGCUUGGCUUUGCUCGAUGGAGUGAAUGCUGCCUCCGGUGGUGCUAAGGUAGAUUCUUGUGAUAUGGUUGAUUCUGAGGAAGAACCUGUUUCAAAUGGACCUGAUAAAGAUGCACUCGAAAAACACUCAUUCACGCAUUUACUUUUUUCGUCCGUGUUUCUCCGUCAGUAAUGUGUUUUCUUAUUAAUAUGCAUGGUAUCGACUCAAGGCUUUUGAACAUUGCAUUAUUUCACAUCUUUUGAAUGAUGAUAUUAUGGCAAUUGGUAAGUUGUUAGGACUAGCUUAGUGUUUGUUUUGUUUAGUUAUCUGUGGCUGAGCAAUGUUGCAAUAUUUAUUUCCUUAUCAAAGUGAUGAUCAUAUUGUCAGCUUUUGAUAUUGUUCUCUAACUUAGUUAUCAUGUAUUAGAAUGUUGCCUCACAUGGUCACAUGAUUCGUAUAUUGCUUUUAAAUUACAGUUUACUAUCUUCAAUGUUAAUCAUGAAUGAAGUUCUUUUUAUGGAAGUAGAUUUGUUGAGUUGGUU